AUGAUGAUCCAGACGCCUACUGCGAGAUCAACUGAAAGUGCCUCUGCUUCGAGUAAUACUGUCUCGGUUGAUGUUGGCGAAGAUGGCUUUACCUUUAAUCCAGCCACUGUAAACGUCCCGAAAGGGGGCGUCGUCGAGUUCAAUUUCUAUCCAGGCGAUCACUCGGUUGUCCAGGCAGCGUUUAACAACCCAUGCCACCCCCUGAGCGAUACGAGCUUCUUCAGUGGAUUUAUGGCAGAUGCUCAUGACGGAAAGCCCGUCUGGUCGUUGACCGUCAAUGAUACAAACCCGAUCUGGUUCUACUGUGGCCAAGUUGGACAUUGUCAAGCUGGCAUGGUUGGUGUGAUUAAUCCAUCUGGCUCAGAUACGCUUGAUGGAUUCAAGUCGAAAGCCUCGAGUGCAAGUGGCCAGAGUGUGCCAGCCACUGCCCAAGGUGGUAUUCUCGGUACACCAAGUGCCAGUGCUGGACAGACAUCCGCGACUGCCAGCAGCAUGACUACAAGCGGCACGGCUGCCAGCGGUACGACUGCCAGCGGCAUGACUACUAGCGGCAGCACAUCGUCUGCCAGUGGGACAACGACCAGCAGUGGUGGUGGCUCCAGUCCUAGCGCCGCGAAUACGGCAGAUAGUUUACACCUUUCAACUGAUCUUAGUGUCUUGUCUAUUCUUACCUUAAUGGUGGCUGGGUUUAUGAUCUAG